CAUUCGGCCCGGCGCUGGCGAGUGACGACGGAGCCAACAGUUAUUGUCCGACAUCCGCAUUGUAAGAAAAAUAAUAAAAUAUAAUGAUAAUUGUUUUCGUCCGGUUUUCCGGCUCGUCGAUUAGACUAACUGCCGUCUACAUAGAAACUUGGUCGUUUCCGUUGGAAAAUUCAUUAUAAUUGCAUACGCAGCACACUAAUAAUCCACUAGAGUACAUACUCGAAACGCGGUUACUGCGCGUUCCGUUCCGUACAGCAGCUGGUCACAUGGAUCGAUUAGCGUUAUCAGUAUCACCAACAGCAGUGCCCAAGUGAACACAACAAAAGGAAUUCUUAUAUAUUGUUAUUAUUAUUAUUGACACCAUCGAACAUAUUGGAAAAGUUCUUGUAGAGACAACUUGAACCGUGCAAAUAUUUCAGCCGGAAAAAAUUUGUGGCAUUGGUCGGAUCAAGUCGUUUGCCAAUUGACGACGGUGUGUUCUAAUUCGGUUGUGCCGUGCGUUUUUCACGCUAGACCGCCGUCGUGUAUCGCCAAUGACUUGACGGGACACCAUCAACAUUGGCAUGUCGCUUGAAACCGACGGUUGUGCGCAGCAGAAAGAGUACGACUAUCUGCUCAAGUUUUUGUUGGUCGGCGACAGUGAUGUGGGCAAACACGAGAUGCUCAAUGAUCUCGAGGACGGAUCUUCCGAAUCGCCCUAUUGUAGCGGAAGCGCUUACAAAACUACAACUAUUCUAUUAGAUGGUAAACGAGUAAAAUUACAGUUAUGGGAUGCUUCUGGUCAAGGACGUUUAUGCACGAUAAUCCGAUCUUAUUCAAGAGGCGCUCAAGGAGUUUUACUUGUUUAUGAUAUAACUAAUAAAUGGUCAUUUGACGGUUUGGACAGAUGGCUAAAAGAAGUCGAAGAACACGCACCAGGUGUUCCUAAAGUCUUGGUUGGCAAUCGAUUACAUCUGGCUUUUAAACGACAAGUCAGCGUUAAAGAAGCUGAGGCCUACGCGACAAAACAUCAUAUGACUUUGUUUGAAGUCAGUCCUUUGUGCGAUUUCAAUAUAAGAGAAAGUUUUAGCGAAUUAGCAAGAAGAGCGUUGCAUAGAAACGGAAUGGAAAGAUUAUGGAGAUCGAACAAAGUUCUGAGUCUCCAAGAAUUGUGUUGCCGUGCUAUCGUAGCUCGAACCACGCAAUACGGUAUCAACCAGUUACCUCUGCCAGUAACGAUAAAAUCCCACCUAAAGUCUUAUGCACUGACGAGUUUCUCGACACUCUCAAUGUCAUUACCACGAAGUGCAUCGGCUUCAAAGAAAAUAAAACUGCCUUCUAACAAUACGGGUGUCUCAUCGCAUAACCACGCCACUCAUUCAGUGUCCUAUCAUCAUAGUUUAAAAAACACGCCAUUAAACAUUUCAUCAUCGUACAUUACACGAAACUCUUGUACUAUAUCAUGACUCGUAUCAUAAAUUGUGUUAGUGUUGUUGCAAUAAGUCAACUGAUUUAAAAUAUAUUUAAACAUUUUUUUUCUUUUAAUAAUUGUAAUUUUUCCUAUUUUUGUCAAUAAUUUGUAUCUGCGAUUUGUGUGAAUAACAUUGCUUAAAAAUAUCAACUGUAUUCGAGCAAUAAUGUAAUAAUAAUUUGUCCACGUUGAAAAGAAAAUUCUAAACUUAAUGCUGUGUAUACUUAAACGCAUAUGUUGAGAUAAAUUUUUAAUCGGUACAAUUUGUAUUUUAUAAUAUGGCUGUAAUUAUUGCGAAACUAUAAUAUUUUUUUCGAAGCUUUCCUUAUUUUUCGGUUAUUUAAUGAAUGGACGACUGUAUUUAUCAUUAUUAUAUAUUAUUAUUAUUAUUAUUAUAUAUUAGUAAACUUAUGUAAAUAACAAAAGUAUGUAACUCACUUUUUUAGUCAUUUUAUUUUUUUGCAUUUGUGAAUUCUAACUAUUUUUUCUUUUAUAACUGUUUUCGACCAUUUUUUUUUUUAUUAUAUUUUUUUAUUAUUAUUGUUUUCGAAAAAUUACAUUUUUUAACAUUGAUGAAUAAAUGUUGAACUUUAAAGUCAUCAUUCCUUUGUAAAAUCAAAAUGUGAGUUUGUUCGCUAACUAACUACCAGUGUUACUAUUAUAUUAGG